GUCCCAAUGGAGUAAGACCGCGUUCUCCUCAAUUCGAUAUAAGAUCCAACACCAUUAUCUUCUUUCCGCUCACACUGCAAUCCUGUAUCUUAUCAUCAUCUUCUCGUCACUCUCAUCGUUUUUUCCACAUUCUUUCCAUCAAAUUUCCUGUCAUUCUGCUCAUUAAACCGCCGUCAAAAUGCUCCGCGCAUCUCUCGCCAAGCCAUCCCGCCCUGUCCUCCGCCGCUGCAUGACAUCGCUAGCCUCCAAAAAAGAAGGCGACAUCUCGGAUGCAUUCACUUCACUGUCCGGGGCCCAACGCGAGCCUUUACCCGAUCGAUAUCGUCAGCUCAAACUUAAUCUCCUCCAAGGCCGCCAAGAUAAGAUUGUUCAAUCGUGGAAAAAACUCCUUCGUGAGUUGAAGCGGGAGAAUGAGAUUGUUGCCAAGAAGGGACCAGGUGUUAUUCCCCAGAUUGACUUCAAGGAUCUUGAGAAGAGUAGUGAUGGGCUGAGGGAGGAGGUCAAGAAAAGAGGCGUUGUUGUUGUGAGGGGUGUUAUACCGGAGGGUGAGGCGAGGGCGUAUAAGGCUGAGGUGGAGGAGUAUGUUGCUAAGAACCCAUCUACACGAGCAUUUCCACCUCACGAUCCUCAAGUCUACGAACUCUACUGGUCACCACCCCAACUAAAAGCCCGCUCACACCCAAACUUCCUCACCGUCCAACACAAUCUCAUGUCCCUCUGGCACACCACCUCUCCAACCUCAAUCUCCCUCUCCCAACCCUUCAGCUAUGCCGACCGCCUACGUAUCCGCCAACCCGGCGACGCCAGCUUCGCUCUCGGUCCACACAUCGACGGCGGAAGCGUAGAGCGCUGGGAACCGGAAGGCUACGGCGCAGGACACGUCUACGACGCCAUCCUCCAAGGAACCUGGGACUCCUACGAUCCCUGGGACGCCAGCGGACGUGUCGACGCUGUGAACAAUCGCUACGAUGGACUGGGUGCUUGUUCGAUGUUUAGAAUGUGGCAGGGGUGGAUGAGCAUGAGCCAUACUAAGCCUGGAGAGGGAACGUUGCUGGUUAAUCCGCUGGUGAAGCUAUCGAUGGCGUAUGUGCUGCUGAGGCCGUUUUUUAAGGCAAAGAGUGAGAGGUUGGGGCAGGGGUAUUUGGACGAGGGGAACUGGGAGUUGAUGAGGGAUGUUGAUAGUGAGUUGCAGGGUGCGACGCCGGGGACGGGACAGGAGUUGACGGGGGAGUUACAUCCGCAUUUGGAGCUUGAGAGGACGAUGGUUCACGUUCCUGAGAUACAACCUGGAGAUUUCGUAGCAUGGCACUGCGACACAAUCCACUCCGUCGACAAAGUCCACGCCGGCACAUCAGACUCUUCCGUCCUGUACAUCCCCAUCUGUCCAAUCACAACCCAAAACGCAGAGUACAUGGUCCGACAGCGCGACGCUUUCCUCCGUGGGACGCCGGGACCGGAUUUCCCUGGCGGUGCGGGGGAGUCCGGACAUGUGGGGCGGGGCACGGAGAAGAUGCUGGACGGAGCGGCUCGUCGGGCGAUGGGCCUGAGCGCGCUGAGGACGGAGGGGGAGAAUGAUGUUGUUGCGGAGGCGAAUCGGAUCCUUGGGUUUUAAUUGAUGGCCUGACUGUUUUCAUGGAGCGAUUGUUAUUCCUUCUCGUCGUCCGUCACGGUCAUUUCUUCGAUAACCUGUCAUUUCUUGUUACCAGGUAUUUUCUGCUGUCAUAUUUGCCGGCCAUUUCUUUGGUUCCCCGUGUCUCAUUUGGAUCAGGUAGUUUGUAAUCAGAGCUGGUUUGUAAGCCGACGUUUCAUGAAUCGUGCGAUAUUCGAC